AAAUAGAUGAAAAUUGAUAAUAAAUUUGGUUGACACAAAUAGAAUUUAAAAUGAAGAAAAACAAAGAAAGAUUAAACAUGUACUUAGGUAUGAGCCCCUUUUUAAACUUGUCUGGCCUGGGAGUGGACAAUUGGAGAACGUUAUAUAAAAGGGAGGUAACGCUAGAGUCAAGCUUACUUGGCUUGCAUCAGAUGAGAAAAAGGCUAAAGCGAAGUUCCAGAAUUCGACGGCAGAUUGCAGACAAAGAUGGAGUUAUGUAUGUCUCCCUGGAUGGAGGAGGUGGAGAUGAAUCUUGUCCGUCUUUAGCGGACUCUAGUGUAGUUUCUUUAUCACAGAUGGCGUUCUUAUCAAUGGCGGUCUCCAUUUUCAGUGUAGUUGCGAACAUUGCAAACAAUCUGAACAACAACAACAACAACCAGAACGACAACAACCUGAACUACGUUCAUCAGCAGAACAACAACCUCAAUAUGAACCAGAACAUUGUUAAUCAGUUGACCAUUGACCUUCCCCCACCUAUUCCUGGAAAAAGAUCAAUCCCAGACGAUAUUAUUAGUAGUCCGAGGCAGCUUGAAGAGCCAUGUCAGGAUCAAACUCUUGCUAAAGUUGCUGCUGCUCUAAAAGAUAUUCUAUCAGCUGGGUUGACCAAUGGAUUAGAGUCUAGAGGAGCUAGAGACUGUCUGUCUCGUCAACUAUGCCUUGAUUAUAAGAGAGAAUCUGGCGGAUCAGAAACUGGUUCAUUUCAGCAGCUGCUCCUAACUCUAGGUCUAGCUCACAUACAGCUCACAGAUAGAGGACUACCCUUCACACAGUUUCUAGAGAGUAUCACUGAGUCCCCAGAUACUUUUUACGCAGGGAGCUUUUAGGAUAUUUAGUAUUUUCAUAAAUACCAAAGAGUGUUUAGCUAAAUUCUUAGAAAUUUUGUAGAUUAGAAAUUUCCUAAAGCUCUUUAUCCAGAUACGAAUGAGAAAAAAGUAGAAAACGAUUGUUUCAAGCAAUUUCCGGACUGUGACGCGUUCAAGGUGCAAUAUUAAUCUAUCUCAUUUUCGUAAAAAAAUAAAUUUUGUAUUUUAGUUGAUUUUAUUUCAAAAGCUAGAUAAAUGAAGUGCAGAGUAUAUUCAAAAACAGCGAUUUUUAAUCAAUUCAAAAGCAUUGAUUUUGUUCAUAAAAAUCAGUGUCAUUUUCCGUUAGCAGAAUUCAGCGGCAUUCUUCUGUUAUUAA